AUGGAGCUCUGGCCAGGAGGCGAUACCAGCGGCGGGCGAUACCAGCCAUCUUGCUUUUUGUGUCUGGUACCGGCCACGCGGUGGCACCGCACUCGCCCGCGCACGACGAUCCGAUCGCGCGAGAUGUCUUCCCUCGUCAGCUUUUCCACGACGAUCGCCGCGGCCCGUCGGGCUCGUCCCGCCUCGUCCCCGCGCAAGGCGCUCCCGUCGUCACCGCGCCCUCGUUCGGCACCCCACCGGUCACCCACGUCAUCGCGCCCGGGGCUCGGCGCCGCGGCGGUGGAGGAGGUCGAGGCGACCGUCGCCGUGUUCGAUCCGCCGUGGUCCGAGCCCGGGUACAGGGGCGCGAAGGUAUCGUCCCUCGACGAGCCCCUCCAGACCGCCAGCGUGCUCGGGGUGUGGACGGGCAUCGGGGCCCUGACGGUCGCGUGGUGCGCGCACCUCGGCCCGGACCUGGAGCGCGCCCUUCCCACGGUCAUGUCGUGGUCCAGGGCCACGUGGCCGGUCAUAGGGCUGACGUACGUGGCGGCGGGUGCGGCGCACUUCGCCCUGCCGCAGGGUUUCAAGGACAUGUUCCCGCACAAGGGGGCGUGGGGCUGGUGGAACCUGCCGGGGUCGCCCGAGUUUCACGUCGCCUGGACGGGCGUGGCUGAGAUUCUCGGCGGCCUCGGGAUGGCCUCCGGAGCGUUGUGGUUCGUCGACACCCCCGACUGGCUCGCGCCGACGUCGGCGUACGGUCUGUUCCUGCUCACGCUGGCGGUCACCCCCGCCAACACGUACAUGUUCACGCACAACGCGCCGGGUCCCCUUCCCGAAGACGCGGACGAGUCCAUGCAGGUGCUGCCGUGGUACGGGCACUGCGCCAGGGGCGCGCUCCAGGUGUUCCUGCUCGCCACCACCUGGGGCGUGGCGCACCCGCCGCACUAG